AAUUCAAGCCCUAUAUAUAUAUACCAUGCCACCAAUCAUUGAUUCCCACAUGGGAAUGCCCGGAGGGGCCCCAGGAGGGGGCACUAUUCCCCUCGCGACCCUGAUUGACUACAUUGUACAGAGAACCUACCACGAGUUAACAGUGCUGUCUGAACUACUUCCCCGUAAGACGGACAUGGAGAGGAAGGUAGAGAUUGUCCAGUUUGCCAGCAGGACCAGACAGCUGUUUAUACGCUUACUGGCUCUGGUCAAGUGGGCCAGCAGCGCCACAAAGGUGGACAAGUGCUCUGAGAUCUGCAGUUUUCUGGAGCAGCAGUCCAUGUGGUUUGUGGAGACAGCAGACAUGUUGGCCAAAAUGGCCCGAGAAACACUGGUCAAUGCAAGACUGCCCACCUUUUCCCUGCCCUGUGCCAUUGACGUCCUGACCCUGGGGACCUAUCCCAGACUCCCCUCCUGUAUCCGAGAUAAGAUUGUUCCCCCUGAUGCCAUAACCUCAGCUGAGAAAAGACAGACCCUACAGAGAUUGACACAAGUCAUACAAUACAGGCUAGUGGCCACAGAUCUCCCCCAACAGAUGAGGAAACUCAAAGUGGAAAAUGGCCGGGUGAAAUUUCAUGUUGAACAUGAAUUUGAGGCCACUUUGACGUUGAUGGGAGACAGUCCUAAGAUUCCAUGGAGAUUACUGGACAUCAGUCUUUUGGUGGAGGAUCCAGAAACUGGAGAUGGGAAAUCCUUGGUCCACUCUCUACAGAUAAACUACAUACAUCAGCUGGUCCAGUCACGCUUGAUGGACAACGAACGACCUUUACAUGACCUCUACAGAGUUUUACAUACCUUCUGUCUGUCCUUACAAUUAGAGGUUCUGCAUUCUCAGACACAAAGAUUGAUCAAGGAUCGGAUGGGAGAUAGUAUAUUUGUAGAGAAAUACGACAUUGGGAAAUGUUUGUCUGUGUCGUACUGGAGGGAUCCAACCAGAAGAGAGAAAUCCCAGGAAGCUUUGUUGUUCCGUUUGAGUGUACAUGUGGCGGAGGAUGACGAUGGGAAACCCCUACAGAUCAGUCACUUCCCCUCAAUGUCUGUGGAGGAAAGCAGCAGGGUGGGACUGGCCAUAAAGAGUAACCACCUAUCUAUGGAGAGGCUCCUGAUACAGACCAUAGAGGUCAGGGGACUAGCCAAGUUAAAGGACCUUGCUAAGGAUCUACAGAGGUUCACAGAGGGAGCUUGUGAGAUUCGGGACCUGCCUAGUGCCCUACAUGUCCCCCUGUUAGAGCCCUCCAUGGAGUCCGAGAAGCUGAGGGUGAUGGUAGACUGUCAGAGGGGGAACCUGCUGGCAUCUAUACCCGCCGCUAAAGAUGUACAAGAGGUGGAGGAUUUAGAAGAAGCUUUAAAUGGAGACAGAAAAGGUUUGGACAGACUCAUUAGGAAUCUCAGAUUACGUUUGUGUGUGAUGAGAUGUGAGAAGUCUGCCCAGUACCUGCCCACCACCUGUCAAAAGCACCUGUCAUUCAUCAAUCUGACCAAUCACCCGCUGGAAAAGAUCAGCAAGUCCCGCCUAUAUAUCAGAGUUCCAAAGCAGUCAACAUUUUAUCUUGUGGUUGAGCUGCUAGAAGGGGACACCACAGUGAACUAUAAAUAUUACCUCCUGGACACCACACAGUGCACUGCGGACGGCUCCGAGAUAGACAUCAGUGAUGAUCCCUGCUCCAAACUUUAUCUGAAGGCCGGGAGACUCAUACCACUGGAUGUGUACUCCUUCAUCCACGGUCCAUUCACCAAAAUUUACGAUGAACAAGAACAAAGUAAUAUUGAGAGCAAGAGAAGAAAGAGGAAGAUAAUGCUGGGAGAAUUAAGAGAGCCCCCUGUUAAGAAGACCAAAGGACAUCCAUACUUUAGUCCUGAACUAGCCUACAUCUUAGCCAGCUGUGAGGAGAGAAUCCCACUAGUCAAUCUAGGACUAGAGUUUGAGAAGAAUGGUGUGGUUCACACAGGUGUUCAGGCAGAUUGUGAGGGAACCUGCUUCUGUCUUUCUCUACUCAGCAUGCCUGAUGUGGAAGGUUUGGGAGAGGGAAUGUGUGAUAUGGUCAAGAAAGUGCUGCUGUCAAUCAAAGUCAGGAUCCUAAGUAAACCAAUGAGAAACUGGAUUGUAGAGUUUCUGAUCUCAAAGCCACCAUUGGAAAGUUCAAACAGAAAGGAACAAGGUCCUGUACAAAGAGUUCACAUCAUGAUGGAGCUAAAUAUAGAUAACCUUAAGAAAGUGGUCAAGGACAUUCUGGAUGAAUGGGCAGGAAUCUGCCACCUGUACAGCAUUGUACAUGAAUUUGCAGAAAUGUACACAGAUGUGAGGACAGAGCUUGGAUCAACAGUAGACAUAUAUUCCUAUGAUUAUCGUAAACUGUCAAUGUUAUAUGGACCUAACAGAACUAGUGUGAUAAAUAUACAAUGGAAGGGUGAUGCCAAACAGUUUAAUGUGACACUGGGGACUGUGGGUAGUUCUACAACAGUCAAUCCACACACUAUUCUUCUGUCUCAGUUCCAGAGGGAACUCAACCACACUCGCUCGCUGGCCCAGAUUUGUCAGGUUCUCCAUGAGACUUGGGCACCAAUGACCUCCAUCAACAAGCUGAGUAUGUCCUUAGUACAGGCUGCCGCUACAAAUGUGAAGCAGCCAAUGCAAAGUUUUACAUUGAUUCCUCAGUCUACCACCCAUGUACGAAUAGCAUUUAGGAAUAUAUCUUGUAUUGAUGUCCAUUUCCGUAGUAACAAGAUUGUUUCUGUUAGAGACGGAGCGUACAGUUUGUUUGACAACAGCAAGGCAGUGGAUGGAUUCAGUCCCACGUCUAUGUUCAAGCAUUUUCUGAACAAGUACGUGGACGAUGCCAUAACAGGCAGACACACACACAGGAUGUCUACCACAGAGGAUGACAAUCCCCCGUCCCCCAUGGAUUCUAUAGACAUCUUCAGUCUCUCCACCCAGCCCCCCUCCACAGGCUCCCCCGCCUCCAGACAGAGGGAGACAGGCCUCAGAUUUCCUAUGACCCCACCCUCAAAUCCCCACACCCCAGCUUCACCCAGUGCUGCCAGGAUCUCGGGGGUGACCCCCUCCCCCUCCACAGCUCUCAUUGGCACACCCUCCCCAGGUACCCUGCUCAAUGUGGGAUCUCCUGGGAACCCCCAGCUCCAUGUUCCGUCCCCAGGAUCUAGUGCAUUUGUCCCUGCUCCCUCCCCACAAUCCCUGGGGAUACACAUGCAGAGCCCAGCCUCGGGAUUCAUGGGACCACAAGGUCUAGAUGUAGGAUCCCCGUUCACCAGUGCUAGUCUUGCCAUGCCUUCCCCUGUACAGAGGAACUGGCCUAACUCCCCCUCAGUGUCCGGCCCCUCCCCAGCAUCCAGACACACGGCACACUCCCCGGGUAAUCCUGCACUACACUCCCCCCAGACACAGGUCAAGGAUGGGGAUCACAGUAAAUCUACAGUGCUGAGUCACACCACUAGAAUGCUUCCACAGCGAGCCUGGGCUGCAUCAAUCCCUACCCUGCUAUCCCAUGAUGCCUUUGACACACUACUGACCCCUAAUCGAUCUCAAUCCCUCCCGUACACCAUUUCCUCGUCUCCACUGGAGAGGUUCCUGGGGAGUGUGUACUUAAGGAGGAAUCUACCAAGACUGAUUCAGUCUGAAUCUCUGACCCCGAUGCGCUCCACUGAUCCUAACAUCAUCUCAUUUAAAGUAGAGACUUUACAGUUCCAUGUCAGCUUUAGUAACAACCUACAGAGUCUACACAUGAAUGUCCAGUCAGUACCAGAACACAGAGAUCAAUGGAGUAUGGAGGUCCUAAACAUCAUACAGCAGUACUUUGAUUCCAAAGUUGCCUGUCCACCCUACAAAGUGAACGCCCUGAGAGCAUUCUGUAGAAUACUAGAGACCCCGAUCAGAAUCCUCAAGGACUGUGUUCAGCUCAUGAGAUUAGAAUUGAUGGGUCCUAACCAGGCCAGUGGUAUGAAGUGGUCCAUGCAGUGGUGUUUAACUGUACCACCACAGGCGGCCUUUGUGGCUCCGGCAGGGACCGCUGCAGUCGCAAAGAACAAACAGAUCAAGAUGUUACUCAUGAUACAGUUCACACGUAUCCAGCCUCCAUCCGGCCAGGAGCCCCAGUCUAUCAUCGUCCCCCUCCUGUAUGACAUCAGUGCCAACACCAUACAACACAUGGACCCAGUCAGAGGACAGCCCCAGACCCCCGCUUACAUGGCCGUGUCACAGCUCCUACAAAACUUCUACCACGCCCAGAGUGCCGAGUGUAUACUGUACCCCGCUGUACAGCACAUCAUGACUAACCUUAACUUAUAGUGCUGGGUAUUAUGAACCCAACGUACAUACAUACAAUCUCACAUUUCCUAGAGAACUUUGUAAAUGCUCAUAGUGCUAACUGGAUGCUGUUUUGUGCUGUACUAAUGCAACAAAUCUUAUGACAUAUGUUCUCUGGCUAGUUUUUACUUCGGUUAAAGCCAUCUAAUAUCCAGGACAACAAUUUGAUGCUUUACUUUAAUGGGUUCAUGCUUCACAGAAAGUGCAUGCAAUAAAAAAAAGCCAUCACGGUGUAAUCACAGCUGCAUUAAAUUAUCCUGCUUAUUCAAUAGCCAUGAAGCUUUGUUGGAAUCUAUAUUUUCUAUGGAUGUUAUUUAUAAACUUUUUACGAGACAUUUUUAAUGAAUUAACUGUGAAGCUGUUUUAUUUGCAAGGAACAUUAAAUGUACAAAAAGUAUCUUUAUGUAUUAAAUCUAAAGUAAAAAUAAUCUGAUAAUUUCAUGAGACACUCUCUUUUAUUUGUGAGUAUUUAAAUCUUGGAGAAUAUGUACAAGAAAAUUUCAUACUUUAUAAUGUGCAUUGUACAUACAGUUGUUUAAAUAAAAAUGUAUUGAUGCUUA